ACAAUACAAACAAAACGACUAUAUAAUUUUUUUAAUGAAAAUUUUAUAAUAAAAGGAGAAAUUGAAACUAACAAGAGUUGUUUUAUGAAAAGGAUAAAUUUAAAUUAGUGAAAAUCUUUCCAUCAAAUUAUCGUUGCAAUGCAUCGAUCAUUGAAACCGCACGCACAAGCUAAAAAGGUACCACCGCCAGCUAUACCUGGAGAUCCUACACCACAACAAUAUCAACAACAAAUUCCUUUAUAUCGUUUAGGUGCUAGUAUAACGAAUCCAGCCGGAAAACAGCUGGAAGAUGGUAUCAUAAUGAGUAGCUUGAUUUCAUCACCAUCACUAGAGGAAGGUGGUUUUAAUUUACCACGAGAAACAUCUGUAGCUUUGCGUAUGAAGGAUGAAAUAAAUGAUUACGCUGCAGCAAUGUCAACAUCAGGUUCAUCUCAAUUAUCAGCAACGGCGGCCAAACAAGCUAGUUCCCAAGGUGGUAUAGCUUCGGCUAAUUCAAGCCACUUGUUAAGCGGUUGUACUUCCAAUAUAGUGCCAUGUCCUGCACCUGUAUUUUGUGCAACAUUACGUGAACCAUUAACGCAUAAAGCAGCUGUUUAUUAUCAUCAGCAGCUAGCACUGCAAGAAGAUCAGGGUAUUGAUUUAACACAAUCACCUGGACGUGAUUCACCUGGCUCGUCAUCAGGUUCAGCUGGUUCUGGGUCUAGACAUUCCACAGCUAGUUUGGAUUCGGGGCGAGCUUCUUCUUAUCUCACUGGCGUUUCUGGAACAUCUAUACGCGGUGGUGGUGGUCCACUUUCCUCGCCACGAUGCAGUUCAGUUAGUUCGUGUUCUAUCGGAAGUGUAGAUCGUCAACGCAGUGAUGAGCUUAUAAUUGAUUGGCUUAUGGAAAUGAAAUAUGAAGAGUAUGCACAAUUAUUUAUUGCAGCUGGUUAUGACUUACCGACAAUUGCACGUAUGACACCUGAGGACUUAACUGCCAUUGGUAUAAAAAAUCCACAUCAUCGUGAACGUAUUAAACAACGUAUCGAUAAACUACAAGUUUUAGAUAAUUUGCCACAUUUUGUACCAGGUUCAAUUGAAGAAUGGCUACAAUUAUUACGUCUUGAAGAAUAUAUUCAACCACUAUUGGACCAAAGUUAUAAAACGGUACGUGAAGUGACACAGGUCACCUGGGAAGAUUUAGAAGAUAUUGGCAUUGUUAAACUGGGACAUCAAAAGAAAAUUUUACUUGCAAUUAAACGUGUAAAAGACAUAAUAAGUGGAAAAUGGAAUCCCGGUGGAUCAAACUCUUAUCAACAACAUGAAUAUCGUAAAAUUUGGCAAGACUCUUUAGAGGCAGCCUCUCCCACAUACAUUCCUACAACUCGUGUUUCUUGGGACGAUUCUAGACUGUAUGCCACUAAUGAUAAUGCUUAUUAUUGCACUGGUAGUAAUCAUGAAUGCCCUAAUGGUAAUGAUGUAGUUUUAAUCAAGGUUCGUCAGCCGAGAGGUAAAAGCUUAGAAUCAUUGGAGGACUUGCAUGACAAUAGCACACGCAGUCAUCUUACCUUCAGUCAUUAUACCGCAACUGACUAUGGACAUUUUGGACAUCCCUCACAAAUGCAUCCACAUCAACAAGCUAUGCAACAACAACAGCAACAAGUUCCACCUUUAUGCGGCAAUCGAAUGCUUAAUACCGCAGCAGCUAUGUCUUGGCGCCGUUCAUAUGAUGAUGGGGAUAUAACUCCAACGAACGAUGCCACACGUGAUUUAGUGUAUGAAGAAGGUGGAGGUACGUUACCUCGUCAACAGCGUGGUAUAUUGCAGCGUGCUGUUCUAAAUAGCAUGCCACCUUUAGAACACCAUCACUAUAUGAAUGCAGCCGCUGCUGAAUACGUUUGUCAUGCAGCGGGUAUUGGUGGCCCGGUUUCACUUGGAGGUGGCAAUAUGAAUGUGGCAGGCGGCAUAAUAGAUAACUCCAACAUAAAUAAGCCUUAUAUAACUGGAAGCCCAUUAACAAGUAAGAAAAUUGCACCAGAGCCACCGCGACGUCAUUGCAGUAUACGAAAUUCUAGAACUCUAAGUUCAGAUGUUACACAAUUGCCACAACAAGCGCAACAAUCUUUACAUGCAGUCGCACAAAAUAUGUAUUAUGGUGCUAAUGAUGGCACUGCUAUGACAUCACAUCAUCAUGCAAGUCCGGCUUAUAUGCAACAACAAUUGCAAACAACACAACCUAUCUAUGCUAAUUAUGCUACAAUACAGCAAACAACAGCAGAAAUCCACUGUGAAAAAUUCCAUGACAAUAAGUCAAACUCAAGUAUUGAUUCCAUUGAUACCAUUCCUUUUGCUAACGAAAACACUGGUACAAUUAAACAACGCUUACUAAAUCGGCAAGAUAUGACACAACCUCAACAGCAACAAAAUCGAUUGCAUUCGUCCUCAUCAUCUUCAUCAUCAUCUUCUACAAACACAAUAGCAAAUAUUGCACACUCGUUUCAUUCACUUAAAUCAUCAUCUUCAUUGCACGAUGCAUCUUUGAUACGCAGUGAUAGUAUUGGUAGCAACGCAAGUGGUGGUAGUACAGGUACGAAUACCGGUAUGGCACUUUUGCGUUCACCCACUUUACAGUACCCUCCGGAAGCGAACGCAACAGCCUGUGGAUCGUCUACUUUACCAACUACAAUAACUACAACUGUUGAUUUGCAUACGUCUAAUAGUAGCGGUGCAGUGAUGACACCUGAUGCCAUUCAAAGCGGUACUGGUAGUACCAGUGAAAUGCCCACCGUUUCCAAUAUUCCGGGACAGAAGGUGUCUGCAAAUGUGCUCAACGAUAUUGGCAAUAUGUUGGCCAAUUUAACGGAUGAACUUGACGCUAUGUUAGAAGAAGAGAAACGUGUCGGUUUAAAUAUUGAUAGCGAAUAAGUUUAGUAAUCGUAGAAGUAGUAUAUUAUAUAUAAGUGUUUAGUUGUUA